UAAUUUGCAGCCAAACAGCCCUUGUCACCGAAUUACCCGUGCCUAUUGUUGACAACAAGAAUGGCGCUCCUCACAAUUACGGCGAAGCGGAGGCUCCUAUGCAGCAUCUUACUCCUCCUUGCCACCUGGACGGCGGCGCUUGUCAAAUGCGCCGCAACUGAAGAAGCCUCGCCUUCCUGCUCUUUCUCUUCUCCGGCCUUACACCACGAUCAUCACCAUCAUUUUCAUCAUCAUCAUCACGAUCACGAUCACGAUCACGAUCACGAUCACGAUCACAACGAGAUUCAAAGUCGGAAGCUCCCAGAGGAGUUGGCGGAGGAGGAAGAUCUAGCUCGGGAGCGAUAUGGCUUCCACCACCAUCACCAUUUUCACUCCAAUGAUGGUUAUCAACAUGAGAUAUCACAUUUAGGCAUUUGGGUGCGGGCCAUGGGAUGCUCACUGCUUGUGAGCAUGGCGUCACUGAUCUGCCUCAUCAUACUGCCUCUGAUAUUCUUCCAGGGAAAACCUUCCAGGGCAGUGGUAGAUUGCUUGGCUGUCUUUGGGGCUGGAGCUAUGCUUGGGGAUGCUUUUCUUCAUCAAUUACCACAUGCCUUUGGUGGCAAACAUUCUCACUCACAUGAUGACCAUAUUGGCAGUUUUGGCGAGGCUGAUUUUGCACAUGGACAUUCACAUGCUCAUUCACUUGAAGACCUUUCAGUUGGGUUGUCAAUGCUGUCGGGAAUUGUUCUUUUCUUUCUGGUUGAGAAGAUUGUCAGAUAUGUUGAAGAUAAUUCUGCAAAUGGAGCUAUUGGCCUAACUCAUGGUCAUCAGCAUCAUCAUCAUCAUCAGCGAGAAAAUAAACUAAAACAUGAUGGCGAGGAUGAUAAUCAGCAGCUGUCUGGUUCGAAAAGUCGAGAAACAUUAGAUACUUCAGAAAUGGAAUUCAAUGGUCAAUCUGUUGCAAGUUUAAAAAAUGACAUGCAUGAUAAACUAAAGAAUCUUCGCAAGAGAACAAUUUCUGAUGGUGUCACCAGUGAGAAUGAAAAUGUUGACAGCAGAAAUGUUCAAGGCAUCGAAAAGCAGCCCUCUUUGAAUGAGACUGUUCCUGUUCAUACAUCAUCAAACUUGGUGUUUGGUUACCUCAAUCUAUUCUCUGAUGGUGUUCAUAAUUUUACCGAUGGAAUGGCCUUAGGAAGUGCAUUUUUGCUUCAUGGAUCAGUUGGCGGUUGGUCUCGGACAUUGUUUUUACUUGCACAUGAGCUUCCUCAAGAGGUAGGUGAUUUUGGGAUUUUGGUUCGCUCGGGAUUCUCCGUCUCCAAAGCUCUUUUCUUUAAUUUUCUGUCUGCUUUAGUUGCCCUGGCUGGAACUGCAUUGGCUUUGGUGCUUGGCAAGGACCCAGGACAUUCUUCUUUGAUAGAGGGAUUCACAGCGGGGGGUUUCAUCUAUAUAGCGGUUGCAGGAGUCCUCCCAGAAAUGCAUGAUGGGAAAACAACAAUUAGAAGCACAGCUAUUCAGUUGACCUUUCUAUUACUUGGAAUGGCUAUUGCCUUCUGCAUCUCUCUUAUAGAAUGACCUUUUUGUUAUAUGUAUGGUUGCUGGAACCUUGAAUUUCUAUAGGGUUUUGUAAUUUUCGUCUUGUUAUAUUUAAUUGUUUAUGUUCAUUGUUGAAUUGUCAAUUUGAAGAUUUAUAUUUCAUUGCACAUUUAAUUGAAGGAGAAUGCCUAGUGGCAAUCAUUAUUUUUAAAAGAGAAAAAAUGUGAUUGAAUCGGUGUUAUAAAAAGGGCCAAUUACAUACAUAGCACACAAUUCUUG